AUGGCACUUGAUAGUCCGUUGCUCCGUCUGCCGCCCGCACUUCGGAACCGUAUCUACUUGGACACAGAUAUUCCUCAUAGAACGUGUUUCAACCCGGAGUUAGUUGCACAAAGUGCGUUGAUUAUUGAAGAGCGUCGUACUAUGCGGUCUUUGCUCUUGACGUGCCGUACAGUGCACCAUGAGGUUUCAUCUAUUGUCUACGGAACGAACCGUUUAUAUCUGAGCUACCAGCAGUCAGACUCCUUUCAGUUCCUUUUUAACCUGACCCCGAGGUCUCUACAGCAUAUCACGGAUUUGACGGUCUUCCUGUCUGUCUUUCCUCCGGACGACGAUGAACACUGUCAUGAAAUAUCUGGCUGCUGGCAUGGCCCGUUUCCUUCCAUUUGGAACUUAGAAAGUGGUGAUCAACAGGGAAGAGCUGCACUCACUGAGUGGGAGGCUGUAGUGGAACAUGUUGCCCCACAUAUAAAGCCAUUAACGCUUCGAUUGAAUUUCAUUUGCGACGUUGGGGACGUGGAGACUGCCCGAGCAGCCAUCCGUCCGCUGUACAAUCUUCCGGUCCUCUCCGACUGCAACAUUCGCCUUUCUAGCGACCCUGAUGCAAGGCUACAAAAAGUCGCUCGGGACACAGUUUUUGAGAUGACGGGACGACAUGUACCUUCCCCCAGUUGCGCAUUUCGAUUCAUGGACCUGCCGGUGGAGCUGCGGUUGCAAGUGCUGGAGCACACAGACCUGGUCACUCCGCUGCGUGAGGUGGAAUGGAACCCACAGAAUAACUUCUGUCUAAGAUAUUACGAGAGACAGUGUACGAACUGCGGGUGCACUCUACAGAAGCCAUAUCGCAACUGCUGGCAGUAUCUCAAAUCGGGUUGCUUUUGUCACCGUUACCAUGCCGCCUUCUCGAAGCACUGUAAAUGUUGGACCCCUCCCACCUCCCUUUUCCUGGUGAGUCGCACAGUGAAAUACGAAGCUCAGACCGUUUUCUUCUCCAAAAAUCGGUUCAUUAUCAUGCCACCUGGGGGGCUCUUUCCUACCGAAGAAGGCCUGAAUAGCAAGCUGCCACCCGCGGUAUUCUUGACGAAAAUCGUACCAUCGCACGCGCUUCCCUGUCUACGUUUCCUAGAGAUAUACUUCUCACCGCUUGAUGUAGAUGGGUUCUCCUCAGAAUCUGCCAUGUACCGGGACUGGGAGCGAGUUAUCCGAGAACUCGGUGAUAAUCUCAACUACCAAAACCUUACGGUCCGCCUUUGGUUCGGCGACUAUGUCCACGGAGGGCAGGCUAUUGAAUCAAACAGGGCCAUCGGUGACGAGGAGGGUCAAGAGGUGUUGUCGAAGUACUUUGCCUUGGUCAAGCCUUUUAUCAAUUUUCGACGCCGGGGCUUGCAACGUUUCUUCGUGCAUGCCGCAUGGCCAUGGAACUGGACUCCCACAGGUUACAUGAAGCGCAUGAGGAAACCAGAGCUUGUCUAUAACCGCGUUCAGAAAAUCAAUCAGAAGCUGGAGCGACGGGUGAUGGGUAAUAGCUACGACAGUGCGUCGUUGGGGAAGCAAUUGAUACAAUGGAGUCAGUGGCGAGAGGUUCUUGAGGAGAUGCUGGUCGACGAGGAAGCUAUUUUCUUUGACUGA